AUGUCGGCGCUCCAUCUCAGUAAAGAGGCCCUCGCCACUUGGGAAACCAACGCCGAAAUCUGGAACUCUGGCGUCGGCGAGCAUGGCAACAAAUACUGGAAGCAGCUUCAAAUGCCAUCUCUCGAGCGCCUCUUAGGACCGAGCCUCAGUAAACCAGGCUGUUCAGCUCUGGAACUGGCCACGGGCAAUGGCCUCUGUGCUCGUUGGCUCGCAGACAACGGCGCUGCCAGCAUCAUCGCCACAGACGGCACUUUUGGCAUGCUGGAGCAGGUCAAAAAGUACCCCAAUGCCGAUAGAGGCGGCAAGAUAUCUUUUAGAAAGCUGGACGUGACCGAUGCGAACGACUUUGAGCCCCUCGUGGAAAAAGCUGCCGAGAUUGGCGGCUUCGACAUUGUCCUCAUGAACAUGGCAAUCAUGGACGUGGCCACUCUUGAUCCCCUUGCGGACGCGCUUCCGAAGCUGCUCAAGAAGGACGGCGUCUUCAUAGCCACUACCCUCCAUCCAGUCUUCUUCACCUCAACCUAUUCCCGCCAGAUCGAAGUCACGUUCGAUCCCUUAACCGGCGAACAGCAAAUCAUCCGUAGCAAAAAUAUCAAGGAAUACCUCCAUGUCAAGCCAUUUAAAGGUGUUUUCAUCGUUGGACAAGAGACGGCCCAGUAUUACUUCCAUCGUCCUCUCCAUGAACUCCUCACCAUCUUUUUCAAGAGGAACUUGAUCUUGGAUGCGCUUGAAGAGCCAAGCUUUACUGAAGAGGAUGCUAUUCCGGGGAGGGUGGAGGCGACAUCCAACUUUCCGCAGCUGCCAGCUAUUAUGUCGGUCAGAUUUAGAAAGGCUGUUUAG